UAAAACCCAAACAAGUAAUACUAGUAUUUCAAAUUCGUCUACUCCAAUAUGUCUACUCAAGCUUCACCACUUGUACACCAAAAUGCUCAACCCAAAAAUAUUGCCCGGCCAAUCGCAAGUUUUCAUCCAUGCAUUUGGGGGGAUCGGUUCCUCAACUACAAUCUUAUUGACUUGACAACUCGGGAGCUUACAAAACAACAAGUUAAAGAAUUGAGAGAAGUAGUGAGGAAGGAGAUAUUUGUGGACGCUGCAAAUGACGUUUGGGAUCAGAUAAAGUUAAUUGACGAAGUACAACGCUUGGGAUUGUCCUACCAUUUUGAGAAAGAAAUAGAAGAAGCACUGCAAAACAUAUAUACGACCUAUGAUUGCCAUGGUGAUGACAUUGAACUACAUGAUGUUGCUCUUCUGUUUCGAGUGCUGCGACAACAUGGAUUUUACAUUUCAUGUGACAUAUUCCAAAAAUUCAAAGAUGAGAACAGGAACUUCAAGGAAUGUUCGGUCGAUGACGUCCGAGGUGUUCUAAGCUUGUACGAGGCUUCACAUUUCGGAUUGCACGGAGAAGAUACAAUGGACAAAGCCUUAGUUUUUGCCACAACUCACCUUGAAUCCAUAUUGGCAACUAACAUAAGCAAUCCUUUAGCAGACCAGAUUUCCCUUGCACUAAAGACGCCUUUGCUAAAGAGUCUAGAGAGGUUACAUGCCAGGCAUUACAUAUCCAUUUUCCAAGAUGAAGCUUCGGAUAAAAAAGCUUUAUUAGAACUUGCCAAGUUAGAUUUUAACCUCUUACAAUCUAUGCAUAAGCAGGAGCUUGGAGAGAUAUCAAGGUGGUGGAAAGAAUUGGACUUUGCUAGCAAGCUACCAAUAAGAGAUAGAAUUGUGGAGUCGUACUUUUGGGUGAUGGGAAUGUAUUUUGAGCCCCAAUAUUUUCUUGGGAGAAGAGUUUUUACCAAAGUUAUAGCCUUGUCAUCAAUUAUGGAUGAUAUCUACGAUUCAUUUGGUAUAUUUGAAGAACUAGAGCUCCUUACUGAAGCAAUUGAGAGUUGGGAUGUGAAAUGCAUGGCUAAACUUCCGCAAUAUAUGCAACUAUUCUAUCAGACAAUGCUUAAUGUCUUUGAAGAGUUCGAAACAGAGUUGAAGGAGGAACAAAGAUACAGGGUUCAUUAUGUUAAAGAGGCGAUGAAAAAUUUGUCAAGAGCUUACUUUGAUGAAGCCAAAUGGUUACAACAAGAAUACACCCCAACCAUUGAGGAGUAUUUAUCAGUUGCGUUGCACUCCACUGGUUUAGGGUUGCUUGUGUCUGCAUCAUUGGUUGGCAUGGGGGAUAUUGCAUCAAAUGAUGUCUUUAAGUGGCUUUUCAAUGACCCCAAGAUUGUUAGAGCUGCAGCACUCAUUUGUAGGCUCAUGGAUGACAUUGCUGGCCAUAAGUUUGAGCAAGAAAGAAAGCAUGUUGCAUCUGGUGUUGAAUGCUACAUGGAGCAAUAUGGAGUGACAGAGCAAGAGGCAUGUGACGUGUUCAAGAAGCAAAUAGAGAAUGCAUGGAAAGAUAUAAACCAGGAGUUCCUCAGACCAACUUCUGCGCCAACGGCUAUACUUAUGCGUGUGCUUAAUUUUGCAAGAGUCAUGGAUUUGCUUUACAAAGAGGAUGAUGGUUACACACAUGUUGGACAAGUGACCAGAGAUGGAGUUGCUGCCUUACUUAUAAAUCCAGUCCCAUUAUGAGCAUGGCGGGAACCAUAAUUUAAUCUUAGACUGCGUUUAUAAAACCCUAAAGAAAUGUAAGAGAAAUGUAAUGAGAUUGGAAAUAAAAAUUAAAGUAUUA